AUGGUACAAUAUCAGGGCAAAGAGGUACCUGAGACACUUGUUGGAUCUCAAAUUAUGCCAUAUUACUUAGUUUACUUACCAUCUUUCUUGAAUCAAUCGUGGUACAGCAUGAGAGCGAAGAGGUGGGUUGAUGAGCAUCUUGUUCACAUCUUAUCACCAAAUAUAUAUCGCACGACGUAUGAGGCACUUGAGUCCUUUGAUUACAUAACGAGCCAUGGCAACUUCAGCUUUGCAGAGAAGCUCUCAGUAAAGUAUGCGGGAGCAGCAAUUAUGUAUAUGGUAUCCAAGAAGCUGAAGAAGAAAUAUAACAUCGCUGAUGAACGUGCUGCUUUGUAUGAAGCUGCAGUAACAUGGACUAAGGCUCUUGACGGCAAAGAUUUCUUGGGUGGGUCCAAGCCAAACUUAGCCGAUCUUGCAGUCUUUGGUGUUCUUAGACCAAUUCGGUACUUGAGGGCUGGCAUAGAUAUGGUGGAAAAUACUGGAAUUGGUGAAUGGUACCAUAGGAUGGAAAGUGCUGUUGGUGAACCUUCAAGAGUCCUGGCUUAGAAUGCGAUUUUUGCUACACACCGUGCUUUGUUUCUGUAUAGGCGAUUAAGAUGUGAAAGGUAACACUAAUUACGUUUUCUAUUUUGGCACUCAUGAGUUGCUCAAAUUUUGAAUAAUAACAGUGGUAGAAAACCAGUUAAAGACAUCAGCUUAUGAAGAAGAGAGAAUUGAGGAAUGGAUAUAACCAUGAAAAGUGGUUUGUUAACCAAAAUACUCUCCAGUGAAAAUGUUUUGAGACUGUUAUUACUCAAUUCCUGUUUUAUUUUAGAAACUUAUAUUCUUUGUGCUA